UUAAACACGGGCUAUUUUUCAUCCAAAAAAAUGCUGGAUUAAAAGAAACCUCAGAUAACUAGCCGUUGGAAUUAAAUUGGAAAACCAGACCCUUUGUAAACACACGUCUUCUUCUACCGAACACUUUGUCUUCACAUUCAUUCUUCGUAAACCCUAGAUUCCGUCUCUCUCACUUAAGAUUUUCACAUGCCCUGUUUCAGACACACACACACACACACACACACACCCCUCUCUCUAUCUCUCUCUUUUCUUAUUUAUCUCUGUUUCAGUUAAGCCUGAGAGGAAAUAAGAGUCGUUAGAGAAUUAGAGGGAGGGAGAGAGUUUUAUUUUUUCUUGCUUGAUCUUGUUCUUGUUAAACAACUUGGGAUUCAUUGAGAGUUCAUGGAUGAUCAAAGUCAGUCGUUGACUCAAUUGAACAACAACCGACCAGAGAUUAUGCAAUUUCAGCUUGAAGGGGAAGCUGAUUGGAGCUGGGAUUCAUGUAAGAAGAAAGGAAAAUGGAAGCAGGAUUCAUGGCUAAGAACCCACAAGAUUUUCUGUGUUUUUCUGCUUAUGUUUUUUAGUUUUGGACUAGUUUCAGGCAAGAGAUGGGAUGGGGUCGUUGUAACUCAAGCCAAUUAUCAAGCUCUCAGGGCCCUAAAACACGAAUUUGUCGAUUUGAGAGGGGUCUUGAGGAGCUGGAAUGACAGUGGUAUUGGGGCAUGUUCAGGUGGGUGGAUUGGAAUUAAGUGUGACAAUGGGCAGGUUAUUGCUAUCCAGCUCCCAUGGAAGGGAUUGAGUGGCCGAAUCUCGGAGAAAAUCAGCCAGCUUCAGGCUCUUCGCAAAAUUAGUCUCCACGACAAUGUUCUAGCCGGCCCUGUUCCUACCUCUCUCGGGUUCCUUCCGAACCUCCGGGGUGUGUAUCUUUUCAAUAACCGGCUUUCUGGCUCAAUCCCUCCAUCAAUUGGUAACUGUCCACUUCUGCAGACUCUUGAUAUUAGCAAUAAUCAGCUUAAUGGAAUGAUUCCUCCCAGUCUUGUAAAUUCCACCAGGUUAUAUAGACUCAAUCUAAGCUUCAAUUCUAUUUCAGGGCCUAUUUCUUUAAGCCUUUCCCAGUCUCCCUCUCUUAUUUUUCUUGCUCUUCAACACAAUAAUCUUUCUGGCUCAAUUCCUGAUACUUGGGGUACCAAAUCAGUAAAUCGCUCUUAUCAACUCAAGUCUCUGACUCUGGAUCAUAACCUUCUUUCUGGAAAAAUUCCGGCUUCUCUUAGCAAACUCGGGAAGGCCAAGUACCAAACCACUUAUACUCCUUGUGUUCUUUCUAUUUUGCUUAAAAACCCGAUUUCGCAAUUGUUUCUAACCUUAAUCCGCAUGGCAACAAAUUAG